AUGGCUGAGACAACUUUAAAAUGGGGAAUUUUGGGCAGUGGAAACAUGUGCAAUGACUUUUGUCAAGCGUUGGGCAAGACGCAGCAUAAUCAUAAGGUAAAAAAUCAGUUCACGAAGAUCCACUGUAGGUUUUUGCAAUUGGCGCUUCGAGUCUGCAACGGGCUGAAGAAUUCGCGAAAAAAAAUUGUCUCGACGCUAAAGUUUAUGGAGACUAUGAAUCCGUGCUGGCUGACAAGAAUGUCGAUGUGAUUUACAUUGGACUGAGGCAGUAUCAACAUCAUGAUUAUGUAAUCAAAGCCUUGAAGGCCGGAAAAAAUGUCUUGUGCGAAACACCACUUGGACUAAAUUUAAAACAGACCAAGAAUAUGACUGAAACUGCAAAGUCUGUGGGAAAAUUACUGGUCGAAGGCUAUUGGAGUCUCCAUUUUCCGGUAUACAGACAAUUGGAGAAAAUCUUGGAUAAAAAGGAAUAUGGAAACGCCCAUAAAGUUGAAGUCAGUUUUGGAUAUAUUUUGGUAGGCGAAAACAAAAAUUUCUAGAGGUUUUUUGUAAAUUUAGCCUGACCACUUUGUUAAUAAUCUGGAGCAAGGAGCAACUUUAUUAAAUACUCUUGGAUGCUAUACAGUUAUGGUUGCUCAUUUUGUUUACAAAACAGAAGGCAAAGUUUUGGAUGUGGACUGGGUUGUGGAUGAAAAAGGUAAUUCCAUCUGUUUUCGGCUUUUUUAACUUGAUUUUUUGAGUUAAAUUUAGUUAUAUUUUUUGAAAAAUGUCCGUCUGCAUUGUUUUACAUUUUAUUCACUUCCAAUUCGCCAAAACGUUACGUCAAAUGAGGCUGUUCUUACGCCGGGAAACGCGAGAAUUUUCCUUCGGGGCAAAACAUACAGUGGCGGACCGGAUCCAGUGGCAAACAACGUACCAUUUUGCAUCCAGGAAGUUUAAAAAAAGUGGCAAAAUAUCUCCCUCUCCAAGUGAAAAAAUUCCGAUUUCAAAAGCGCGCCCGCUCUUUUCGUGAGGGAAAAGGCGCGCCCUUCGAAACGGAUUUGUUUUUAGUCGGAGAGGGAGGCAUUUUGCUACAUUUUUUGAUACUUCCCGGAUGCAAAAUGGUACGUUUUUUGCCACUGAAUAAUUUCCGUCACUGUACUGUCUCAAAACAUUGAUUUGUAUUUUUGUGGCAAGUGCCAAAGAGGUGUGUCUCGACCAGAGAUUGCCACGGUCAAAAUUUCGGCUCCAGCUCCGGCUCUUAGCUCCCAGAGCCGGAGCCGAGGCCAAAUUUGCAGCUCCGGCUCCGGCUUCCAUAAAAAAAUUAAAAAGGUUCCGAAUCCCGGCUCCCGUGCAAAAAAAUUUUUUAAAUAUCUUUCCAAAAAUAAAAGUUAUUAGUGCCGGAUAUCAUACACCCAACGUUUUUGCAGCCAAUUGGUAUGCAACACAUCCUUUCCAGUAUUUUUCAAGCAAUUUGGUUUAUGAAAUUUUUACUUUUCUGAACGCUGAGAUGCCUGGCUCCGACUUUGGGCUCGGGAGCCGGAGCCGCACCCAAAAUUUCCGGCUCCGGCUCUGGCUCCCGGCUCGGAGCCGGAGCCGCUCAGAGCCGGAGUCGUGGCAAUCUCUGGUCUCGACAACAAUCAAAUUUGGCGCAUUGGUUAUAGAACCCCGAACCUUCAAGCCUUACUUGUAUUACUUCCUACGGCCUCGUCAACAAGUUUUAUUACUAAUCGCGGUUAUUCAGGUGGUGAUAAGCCUACGAAGUUGACGUUGAACUUCGGCGAGGACAAACAAGCCGUGUUGACUUUUGACGAUACUCAGUCGUUGGAAAACAAGGUGAAAGUGCAUUGCGAAAGAGGGAUUAUUGAGGUAAAAUUUCAAAACUGUCUGGACAGCUCUCAUUCGAUCAGAUAGAAUGGAUGAAUAGAGCAUGUUUUAGGUUGACCAACCCUUCUGGUGUCCGACCAGGCUCACAAAAAUUACUAGCCAAGGCAGUGAAGACCACGAAUUUCCUUUGAACGAUGACAGAACAUUCAUCUAUCCGAAUGGCUCUGGCCUACGAUACGAAAUCGAUCAUAUUUAUGAUAACAUUAUCGGAAAGAAGAUUCAGAGUGAAGUUGUAAGCUUCGACUUAAGUUUGAAUGUUCAGAAAGUCGUUGACGAAGUCAGAGCCAGAAUGGGAAUUAAGUUUCCAGUUGAUGAUUGA